CAACCAGCCGUUAAUUCGUUGACUCAAGAUCGACUGGGGAGAAUAACCAGCCGACAUCCGAGCCGUAGGCAAGGAAAGCCAAUCAAAGUGCCAUGGUGGCAGAAAAGAAAAGAAUGGAAGGUCCACAAGAGUCGAGGGGAAUUUCAAAACAAAAGUGGUUGGAUGAGAGGAAGAAGAAGAUCAAGAAACUUCUAGAUGCAAACAGGUUGGAUAUGAAAGAAGCAUAUAUGUUAGAUACGCAGCAGAUGGCAGAAACAAAGUACAAAAAACGGAAGAAGGAACCUGCUCCAGCUGGUUGGGAAGUGUUUAAUCAGAAAACCUUGUAUGAUGCGCACAAGAAAAGGACAAAGAAGAUUGAAGUUGAUCUUGAUGAAUACAACAGAAUGAAGGAAGCAGUUCCUGAAUUUUACAGAGAAGCUUCAAGUCUGGAAUAUGGAAAGGCGCCUAAAGUUUCAGAGGAUAAGAUUGAAAGGAUGGUGAAGGAGCUCAGGGACAAAGAUGAGAAGAGGAAAGCGUUUAGUAGGAGAAGAAGAUUUCAUGAAGAGAAGGACAUCGACUCUAUUAAUGACCGUAACGAGCAUUUCAAUAGGAAGAUUGAACGCGCGUUUGGUAAAUACACGCUCGAGAUCAAGAACAAUCUCGAGAGGAACUGCUUUGCUUGAUUGAUUCCAAGUUGUUUGCGUUUCUUUCAUACUUUUCAUGUGUAACAAUAGUUGAAUGCUCGUCGUGUGCCCUUUCGUUAGUGGAUUGUAAGCAGAUAUUAUAAGUUUUAAGCAAUGAUAGCAA